AUGGCAGCGGCUGUCGUUCACCCCCAAUUUUCCGUCACAUCUGACCAGAAUCAGUUGCACGGGCUGGGAAUGAAGGCCGGUAAUGGUGAUCCACUCCCUGACAUUGGCUUGCUGAAGCCCUCUACAAUGGAUCUUCCGAUGGAUGAGCUUCGGAAAAGGUAUAAUGAAGAUGGCUACCUAUGGAUGAAAGGAAUCCUCGACAAAGAGAAGGUGAUGGAUAUGCGAGAACAGUAUUUCCGAUUCAUGACUGAAAAUGGCGAUACCAGAAUCCUAGCAGAAGGAACUAACCCCCGGAAUGGCAUUUUCUCCGGCGAAGAUUGGCGAAAUUUUCUACUUCCGGGUGCUCUCCGUGUCUUCAAUGGCCUGAGUGACGAAGGAGUCUUCGUGGACAAGGUCUUCAAGGCUCACGUCGCGGACUUUUACCAAAAGUUCAAAGCAAAUGCUGAAGAGCCUCUCAGGGAUUUUGUUGGAGAGCUUCGUCAAUUUCAAGACCCUAUGCUGUUGAAGCGGACUCUACUUCGAUGUAAUGUGCCGGGCGGAGAGACUACGCCUGUCCACUAUGACCAGAUCUUCCUUCGAGCGGGUCCGCCGACUUCGAUCACUGCAUGGAUCCCACUAGGAGACUGCCCUUUGGUGGGUGGGGGCCUCAUGUACUUGGAGAACUCUGUUACUAUCGGAGAGAAGUUCGAGGCAGACUUCUCAGAGAAGAGUAAGAGCUUGACAGACGAGGAACGAAUCUCUGCGUUUAACAAGAACAUGAUGGCCGGAGGAUUCCUGGACCGAAAUGCAGCAAAUUUUGGGAAAUACUGGGGUCGUCGGUGGCUUGUGGCCCACUAUGAAGCUGGUGAUGUUGUUUUCCAUAAUCCAUUCAAGAUUCAUGCCAGCUGUCGCAACGAGAGCCCGGAAGGCAUUAUACGGCUUUCUACGGAUCUUCGAUUUGUCGAUCAAGCCAAACCUUUUGAUGAAAGAUGGUUGUACGAGGCUUAUCAGGACAGCGACCCGAAUGUUGCGAGUCGUCAGCCACAAGUAGCUGGUAGAAACGGGAGAAUGUAA